CAGAAACUGAACAGCUACAGUCCGUAGUCUCUCUUGUCGGAUGGAUAUACUGUUGAUGUAAUGUUGAAAUGGACAACACGGCUUUUCCAGCAGGUUCUUCAUUGCUUGAAAAGGAGCCUAAGAAGAAUCUGGCAGCAGAGUUCAUCACGCCCCGUUGCCCAGAUGUGUUUCUGGAUCAUGACGCCACCUAUGAAUGUACUUCUACCAACCCCUGCACAGGCUGUGUCUUCACAUGUCGCAGGAGCCCCCGGCUUCUUACUAAUGGCUAUUACCUACUCACAGAGGACAGUUUUCUGUCUGAUGAAGAUGGCAACAUCACACUGAGUCCAUCACAAACAAGUGUUACCUAUAAAGAAAAAUUAGUUAGAAUAUUUCGGAGAAGAAAGAGAAUCCGCCGAUCCCUUGUUAGCUUGUUCAAUAUUGGCGCCUCUAAAUCAUGGCUAAACAGCACCACCAUAGAGUUACCUUAUGGAGAAGACGCUUGGUUGGAUGGAGACAUUAACUUUGAUGCCAUUCAGUAUUAUGACAAUGGUACUAUUGACGCUGCCUUGGAAUACAAAGCUCAAAGAGCAGAAAGACACAACCCAGCAUCAAAGAAACCCUCUUCUUCAAAAGAUGUAGCUUGCACAAAGCCAAGAAAAGAGCAGCAUUAUUCACCUCCUUGCACCUUUUCCCGGACAGAAGAAGAGUAUUUCUAUGAAAAAUCUUUAGACAGUUCAAAACCUUUUACAGGGAGACAUGACCUUUGCCCAGUGAUCACGCUGUCCAUGUGCUUGAUCAUUUCUCUUUGCAUAAGAUUCUUUCUGGGAGGACUGCUUACCACUCUGCAGAGCUUCUUGCUGUUCAUCAUCAUUUUAAUUUGUUCACUGGCAUUUCUGCACUAGUUUUUUCUUGAUACCGCCUUCUGUCAGUCCAUACAAUCUGAACAGGAUAACCAUCCCUUCCCUUCAAAAACUUGCUUGUUUCCACAUUUCUUCUGGAAACCUUGUAUGACUGCAUGUAGGAAUAUUUUCAAUAAUAAUAAUACCCUGGCCUGUGCCUCCAAGCUGCACCAGGGACACAGAUCAAACGGCAUGUUGAUCAAUGAGGAUUCUGAGAGUAUCUUAUCAAAAAGUAUAAUUUGCAGAAUUAAGGAGCUGGUGGAGAUGCGGAGUGAGCCAGGGAAUUGAGGUGGCAAUUAUAACUCAUGCACCAGUGUGGACCUUCCUCUGUAUGACCAGGCUCCUAAGGAUGGAGUUCCUGAACAAUGGAUGGAUGCUGCCGGUGGACUUGUCCCAGCCUACAGACACGUGUGCCCAGUUGUGCUUUGCAUGGGAAGCACUGCAGUAUUAGGCAGGCUGUCUUUCAGGAAUGCUUGUAUGCUGUUCCUGACUUUUUUGUUGAGGAACUCUCCUGUGCAAAGGAAAGAGUGACAUCUGUUGUUCCACCCACACUUUGGCUCUGGUCCUGCCUGCCACGGGCAUGUGGCCCCUGGAAAGUUCCACACAACAGAAUGUGGCCCUUGAGCUGAAAAAUGUUCCCCAGCCCUGAUACAGGGGAAGAAAUAUUGAGAGUCAAGUCUUUUGUGCGCUGUGGCAGACUAUGGGAAAGAAACCGUGAAAACUGAAGCAAAGAAAAUGUUUAUAGCUGAAAGUGUAAUGGUACCAGAGGAAAAUACACCACUUUAGAAAUGUAAAUAAUCAAGAGGUAUAUAAAUGCUUUAAAUAAAUAACAGUACAUUUAGACCAAUUCUCCCUGUAGGACGUGCACCUUGAGCCACCAGAUGGUGCCAUUUUACAGCUGAAUUUUGUUUGUCUUUCCUGAAACUAUCCAUGUGAGCCCGGAGAGGGCUCCCUCUUUAUGCAAAUAACUAGUGUCUCUAAAACAAGUAUUUCUAUUAUCUCUCUCCCUCUUCCCUCCCCCUCUUCUUUUAUCCCACUGUGUGGCUCAAUACAUGAUAUUAGGAUGAGAAAAAGGUAUUAGAUGGGAGUAUUCAGUUAUGUGGGCUUUCUUUUGAACUCAUCCUAUCAAGUAGCAGUAUUGAGCGGCAGGAGAGCAUGGUCCCCUGCGGUGCGGACUUAUGAUGUCUUGUAGGUCACGGAACAGAUCACUCUGAUAUUUUAUAAUGUGAGCAGUUUAUACAUCUUUUUAAAAAAUAAAUAAGAGGCUAUUGAGGGCAGGAGAUGGUUGUGCUUGGUGGCUUUGAAUAGAAUCUGAUGUCUUGAGGAGGUGGGAGGGGGGUAAUAUCAAAAGCUCUCAAGUGAAACAGAAAAUAGCCUGACAACAAACACCAAAGUCUUAUUACAGGAUAAGCUUUCAUGAGCUAGUCUGUUUCACCAGAUGGAGUAGGAUUCAUCUAAAGAAUCAAUCAACAAAUGUAUUUACAUAUAGAUAGAAAGUAAUGACAGUGCGGGUUGAAGUGGAUAACCUCAGGUCCCCUUCCAUUUGGGGCUUUUCCGUCUAGAGAAAAGGCAAGUCAGGGGUGACAUGGUGUGUAUAAAAUUAUGCAUGGCAUGGAGAAAAUGAAUAGAGAAAAGUUUUUCUCCCCCUCAUAUAACACUGGAACUCGUGUACAUUCAAUGAAACUGAAUGUUGGAAGAUUCAGGACAGACAAAAGAAAGUACUUCUUCACGCAGUGCCAGUAGAGUAGUGGCAAAUUCAGAAGUGCAGGGUCCCUUCAUGAUAGUCAUGCCACACCCCUCAGAGUUGCACCUCUUCACUUGGUUGCUCUAUGUCAUCAUCUCCACACUCCUCAGUCCUUCUCACACAUGUGUUCUUCCACAACUGAUGUCCCUAGGAGCUAAUCAGCAUGAAAGGGAAGUUCUAGCUGCUCAGAAGAGUCUUCUCUGUGGCUGACUCACCUCUGUUCACUCUGAUUGGCUCCAAUCAGCAGGAAAAGACAAGGAAGCGUGUUAGAAGAUUAUUUUCAGUGGCUAACACACUCCCCUUUCAUGUUGAUUGGCUCGUAGGAUACUGGAGACAUAGGGAUCCUGCUCCCAAAAAAGUAAGGUGUCUAAGACACACCCCCGAGACCCCGGAUGACUACACUCCAGCCCAGCGCAUGGUUAAACUGUGGAAUUUGCUCCCACAAGAGGCUGUGUUGGCCACCAAAUUGGAUGGCUUGAAAAGAGUUUUAGAUAAAUUCAUGGAGGAUAAGGCUACUAGCCACGAUGGCUAUGUUCUGCCUUCAUAGGUGGAGGUGGUAUGCUUCCAACUACCAGUUGCUGGAAUCCACAGGAGUGGAGAGUGCUCUUUGCACUCAAGUUCCACUUGUGGGCUUCCCAUGGAUUACUGGUUGGCCACCUUGAGAGCAGGAUGCUGAAUUAGAUGGGCCAUUGGCCUGAUCCAGCACACUCUUCUAGGCUUGUAAGGUUGGAGCCUGGGUAAUAGAAGGACUUGUUGGGUGGUCAAAUCUGCUAAACAGGUCUGGCUUUGUGAUGUGGAAUAAUUGGCCAAGUACAGGUGAUUUGUUGCCAUAGGAGCUAAUGGUUGGAAAUCCUUCUGGAAGAAGAGAGCCUUUGUGGAAGAGGGACUGGAAGAGACACAGCUAAAGCCGCUUAGAAUUCUUUGGAACUGAAGCGGGAUAUAAACUUCUUAAAUAAAUAAAUAAAUAAAUAAAUAAAUAAAUAAUUUACUCUCUACAAGAAUCCUUUGGCACCAGAACUAACCCUGUGUUCCAUUUGCUGAAGCAUUGUUGGUUGUCCCUAGAGUUGGUGAGGCUCAUUUAACAGCAACAAGAAAUCGAGCUUUUAGUGUCAUCAGCCCAGUCCUGUGGAAUGCUCUGCCAACAGAAAUUCAGCAGGCACCUUUCCGUUCUGACUUUUAAACACCUACUGAAAACUUUUCUGUCACCAGGCUUAUGCAGGCCAUUGAGAAGAUAUCUUUCUGCAGUAGUUUAGCUAAUGAUUUCUGAUUUUAAAUUUUGCAUACGGUUUUAUCUUGUAUUUCUAUAUGUUGUUAAACUGCUCUGAUUUUGUUAAAUGAAUGUACAUGUGUAGCGGUAUGUAAAUAUU